GUUGGUCACAGGGCAUGAGGCCUUCAGUCCAGUGAGAGACCAGCUCCCCCUUCCUGGGGAGUUAGCUGCACACUGCUGGGGCCCGAGGACUCGGGACAGGCACCAUGGCCGGGGUGCUGCCCACCCUGCUCUGUCUGGGGUGGUGUCUCGGCUGGAGUGUGUGGGCACAGAUGGGAAAUCUCCCCCAGCCUACUCUCAUGGCUUUGCCAGGACGCUUUGUUUUGAAUAUGACUCCGGUGACCAUCCAGUGCCGAGCCCCCCUGGGAGCUGAGGCAACAGCUUUCAGAAUAUACAGAGAUGGAAGCUCUGAGCCCCGGGACACUGAGCAAGGGCCACAGCCUGAGGACACGGGCUCUUUGCAGAUCACAGUGAUGACCGCAGACAGGGCAGGGCAGUACCACUGCCAGUAUGGACAGCAUGGCCACUGGUCCCUGCCCAGUGUGCCCCUGAACCUGGUGAUGACCGGAGCCUAUGGCCAGCCGACACUCUCUCGCACCGCUGGCUCUGAGGAGGCUGCAGUGACUGCAGGGGCAGCUGUGAGGCUGCAGUGUGUCUCCACCAUCAGGUUUGACGUGUUGGUUCUCAGUAAAGAAGAAGAUUCCACCAUCACGUUCCAGAAUGCUGGCCCCCAGGGCAAAGUUUGCCAGUCCGUCUUCUCCCUGGACAACAUCACCUCCACCCAGGCUGGAACCUACAGGUGCUAUGGUCACUUCCACACUGAUCCCCUCUUGUGGUCUUCGCCCAGUGACCCCCUGCAGCUGGAGGUCAGAGCCCUGGCCACAGAUGGUCCUGAGCAUUCUGAGUCUAGACCCCCAACUGAAGCUCCUGGUAAAGCUGUGCCCAGAGAUCCCAGACCUCCCCUAGAAACUCCCAAGGGACCCAAGCCUACAACCCCCGAACUUACAAGUGCUGUGCCAGAAGGCUCAGGCUUCCUGAAGAAAUACCGGGAGGUGCUAAUCGGGGUCCCUGUGGCCACUGUCGUCCUCCUGCUGCUCCUCUUCCUCCUCCUCUACUGCUGCAAAGCCAGGAGCAAAGCUUCCCCAGAAGGGAGACAGCCAGCUGGGGCCAGAGCAACAGGCGGACAGGUCUCUCAGGCUAAGGACCCAGAGGAGGUGACCUACUCCCAGGUGACCUGCAGAGCCCCCGCUCAGGGCACAGGGGCGUCACGCCCCACACCCACUCAGACCAGCGAGUACGUGACUCUGGCCCUGAAGUGAGCCAGCGGCCGGCCGGCAUCUGCGAACAACACAGUGGACCCUGGGAAGGAGCCCCCUGGGACUGCAGCCUCUCCCCCUAUGGGCUGGCGGGGAGAACUGAAACUGGGAAAGUCAAGCUUGGCCACAGCCAGCACUGGCAGGAGGGGAAUCUGGCUGAACAUUCGGAAGUGCAAGGAGAGAGAAUGGCUGUUCGCAUCAACCCCUGGCCCACCCAGGAGCCUCCCUUACACAGGUGGUAGUGACAUUGCUCUGUGUGUGUGUGUCCAUCUGCUGAAGCCACAGGGAAACAGCAGAAGCCUGCAUGUCUGUCCUGCGUGUGAAGGGAAAGACUUCAUUUUGUGUAAUACAGAGGCAGGGAGCCUUCCCACAAAACCUUC